AUGGAGGACGAAGUGUAUCCCAUGACGCUGCUGACCGAGGAGCUAAAGAGCGAUGAGGUAGAGACUCGCAUUAAAGCUAUGAGGCGCCUACGUACCGUAGCACUAGCACUAGGUCCAGAACGUACGCGCUCAGACUUGUUGCCAUUCCUUCGUGGAGCUACGGAAGAUGAAGAUGAGGUGCUCGUGGCAUUAGCAGAUGAGCUCGGUGGAUUUGUCGAUCUUGUGGGUGGUGCCGAGCACGCUGCAUCUCUUGUAGAGCCUCUUGAAAUUUUAGCGGGCGUGGAAGAAACUGUGGUGCGCGAUCGCGCCAUUAAUUCUUUCCAGAAAGUAGUGGCCGUAAUUCCAAACGUGGGUGACGUUAUGGUGCCGCUGGCCAAGCGUUUAGCCGAAGGAGACUGGUUUACAUCUCGUGUUUCUGUUUGUUCGCUCUUUGCUUCCAUCUACGCGAAGGUGGCAGAUACUGGACGAAAAAAAGAGCUGCGCGAUCUAUACCAGAUGGUGUGCAAUGACGACACACCUAUGGUGCGUCGCGCAGCUGCGUCGAAUAUUGGUAGUUUUGCUAGUGCGAUGGAGAAAGAGCUGAUAUCAAGCAUUAUUUUGCCACUCUUUCGCGCGCUAACGGCGGACGACCAAGACAGCGUGCGUUUAUUGGCCAUUGAAAAUUCCGCUGCAAUUGCCGAGCUGCUGUCGCAGGAAGAGAAUUUGGUAAAAGUGCUGCCGAUUGUGCGGUCGUCGGUCGAGGACCGUUCGUGGCGUGUACGUUUUAGCAUCGCCAAAGACUUUUUUCCGCUUUCGCGCGCUAUGGGAACCCAAAUUACCGAGUCGGAGCUUCUUUGCUGCUACACUAAUCUUUUGCAGGACGCUGAAGCUGAAGUGCGAGCUGCUGCAGCGAAAAACUUGUCGGGCUAUAUCUCCAUUAUUGAGUUCGAGCUGUUUUCGACCGAGAUUUUGCCGCUCUUGUCGGCUCUGUCUCAAGACACGGCCCAUAAUGUUCGAACGGCUGUAUCUAUCGCGUGUAUGGAACUUGCACCUAAGCUCGGUGAAGUCGCUUCUAAGUCGACACUGGCCCCUCUACUUCUGCUUUUUUUGCGCGAUGAGGUUGUAGACGUGCGGCUUAACAUAUUGAAACGUAUGGAACUUCUUGCACAGUGGAUGGCAUCAUUUGAGUCAGUGCUUCUUCCAGCCAUCGCUGACCUGGCGCGCGACUUGCAAUGGCGCGUGCGUGAAGCUGUGAUUUUGUCAAUUCCAUCCCUUGCGGGUAGUCUGGGUGGUCAUUAUUUUCAAGAACACUUGCUGGAGAUCUAUGUCAGUGCCUUCACCGACAUGGUGGGCGAAGUCCGUUUAAGUGCCACAAAAAUUUUGCCGCAGUUGCUAGAAUCGCUGGGUAGCGAUUACAUACUUCAAAACAUCAUGCCGCGCCUUAACCAGAUCUUCGAAAAAUCUGUGAUCUAUCAGGAACGUGUUAAUGUGCUACACGCGCUAAAACAAAUGGCUGUUGAGCAGGUGUCAAGUGAUUUGUUGGCGGUCCUGAUGACGCUGGCAAUCCGUGGCGCGCACGACAAGAUUCCAAACGUUAGGUUCGUGGCUUCGAUGACUUUAGAGCAGCUGUGUAAACUCGCGGAUGCUUCUGUAGUAGCUGCUCAAGUUCAGCCGUGCCUGUCGGAAAUGGUGAAUGAUUCAGACAUGGACGUCAAGUAUUACUCGAGCAUCGCACUUGAUGCGGUUCAAGGCUAG